GUUGCAAAUUGCAAAUAGCAAAUAUCAAAUUUGAAUUUGAAUUCGAACUUAAGUCAAACGCAAUCUGAAUUGCAAUUGCAAUUCAUGCCACGGCAAAUACUACUUGAUAAUCAUCUGAUGGCAAUGGCAAUGGCACACACUUAAGACGCAUUUCAAUCAACGACAGAAAUGUUGCAUCUGAGGCUAUUCGAUAGCUCGCUCUACUAUACGCUGGCCUCCGUAUCGUCGGGCAUGUUGCCGCCUCCUCAGGCGUCGAAUGGCAGCGAGUUGACGUUGACUGGCGGCACAGCAGCUCCAGUGCCAGUGGAGGCUGCAGUUAAUCUGACAUAUUUCACACCUGCGAUCUCACACGUGAUGCUGGCGCCAACGCCAACGACCGUCAGCUCAGAGCAGACGACAAUGGCAACAACAACAACAACAGCAACAACGACGACAUCGGUCGUGGCAAUUGCGGCAGCAUCCACGGCAACGGCAACAACAACUUCACCAGGCACCGACUUCCAGGCAACAGCGACUCUGGGAAACAACUUGACAUCGCAACAUGCUGGCGAAAUGGACAACUUGAAUUCCUUCUACUUUUAUGAGACGGAACAAUUUGCGGUACUCUGGAUACUGUUCACCGUCAUUGUUCUGGGCAAUUCGGCGGUGCUCUUUGUGAUGUUCAUCAAUAAAAAUCGCAAGUCGCGAAUGAACUACUUUAUCAAACAACUGGCGCUGGCAGAUCUUUUUGUUGGAUUGCUGAAUGUGCUGACGGACAUUAUAUGGCGCAUUACAAUAUCGUGGCGGGCUGGUAAUCUGGCCUGCAAGGUCAUUCGGUUCUCGCAGGUGUGCGUCACAUACUCCUCCACCUAUGUGCUGGUGGCCAUGAGCAUUGACAGAUACGAUGCAAUAACGCAUCCCAUGAACUUCUCAAAGUCAUGGAAACGGGCUCGUCAUUUGGUCGCUGGCGCCUGGCUGCUCUCGGCGCUCUUCUCGCUGCCCAUAUUGGUGCUUUAUGAGGAGAAGCUGAUACAGGGCCAUCCACAGUGCUGGAUUGAAUUGGGCUCACCCAUGGCCUGGCAAGUUUAUAUGAGUCUGGUCUCGGCAACAUUGUUUGCAAUUCCAGCCCUAAUAAUCUCCGCCUGCUAUGCAAUUAUUGUGAAGACUAUAUGGGCCAAAGGCUCCAUAUUUGUGCCCACAGAACGUGUAGGUUUCGGUGCGGCUGCAACGCGACGUGCCAGCUCCAGGGGCAUUAUACCACGCGCCAAGGUUAAAACGGUGAAGAUGACGUUGACGAUUGUGUUUGUGUUUAUCAUCUGCUGGUCACCCUAUAUCAUCUUCGAUCUGCUGCAGGUCUUUGGCCAAAUACCGCAUUCGCAGACUAACAUUGCCAUUGCCACAUUCAUCCAGAGUCUUGCACCACUUAACUCGGCCGCAAAUCCACUUAUAUAUUGCCUGUUCUCCUCACAGGUAUUUCGCACACUCAGUCGUUUUCCGCCCUUUAAGUGGUUCACCUGCUGCUGUAAAUCCUAUCGCAACAACUCACAGCAGAAUCGCUGUCAUACAGUGGGCCGACGCCUGCAUAAUAGCUGUGAUUCCAUGCGCACACUGACCACCUCGCUAACGGUAUCACGUCGUUCCACCAAUAAGACAAACGCCCGUGUGGUCAUCUGUGAGCGACCCAAUAAGGUGAUUACAGUUCCGGCCAUGUCGGAGGUAUGAUAGCUGGCGCAUACGACCCGUAAGCGUUCAACGUUUGCGGUCCACGGUCCGACAUCGUUCAGUGAUGCGGAGUUUCUGUAAGCAAAAAGAAAAAUAAUACCAGGCAGGUUUAUACGAGGCUUAGACAAUAAGAGCGACAGUUGUGUAUGCAUAGCGGAAACUUCAUGCAAAUUACUAUUUAACUAUAUGUAGAUAUUCUACGAAUUUCAAUGCAAGCAUCUCCCUCUGCAAUCUAUAGUAUCUUAAGUAUUUAUGCAUUAGACUAUAAGUGAUACGUAUGAAUUAUUUUUAAUAACUCAAUGAGUCUUUGUAACGAAUGCUGUUUUAACAUCACAACUUUGAGGGGCAUAAUCAGCAGAACAACUAAAAAGUUAUUCAGUCGGUUCCUUACGAAAUAGUUUACUAUACUUCUUUUCCAAAUUAUUUAUACACGGAAUACUUUAAAUUUGAAUUCAAUUUUGGACUCCUGUGCCAAGUGAUGUUAGAUCAGCAGUCAUCAAAUUUUACAACACUCCUACAAUUUAUCAGACUGAUGUUAUUUAUUUACACGAAAUUCAAAAUAGUUGCAUUUCUUUUAAGCCCAACUAAUUGUAAAGCCAACUAAGUAUUUAUACUCUACUCUAUACCUAAUCCUAAUCGUAUCUCUAUUCUGUCAACUACUAUACAUUAUGUAUGCAUAAGCAUCGUUUGUACAUAAACAUUUCAUAGUCAGUGUACGUCUGAAGUGCGCAGCGUACAAAAGUUGUCCAAGCAUGAAAAACCAAAAGCUAUAUAUACAUAUAUAUUAUACACCAACUUGUAACUAAAGCAUAAGAGUUAAUAGAGCAUAACGUUUUAGUCAAUUCGAUUUAAGCUAAUAUUUAUUUCAUAAUUAUGUGCAUAAAGCGGGGAGAAUACAAAGAAUAAAGGUCAAUAUUGUCAAA